UUAGGAAAGUGUAUAAUAUUUUAAAAAAAACUUACUACUUAUAUCUUGUAAAUGCAGUGAUUUUAUUUUUAUAAUAAAAAUCGAAGAAGGAGAGGGAAAAGUUAAAUAUUCUCUGGAUAGUUUUACCCUUAUAUAUCAAGUUUGCGGAUAUCCCCAUCCAAUUUACGAUGAGUGUCUUGUUGUUAAAGGCGUUUCAGCGGUUUCAAGGCUCUUUCAGGAAGCCGAUAGAGGAGGUGAUCUUCGAACCUUGUUAUUCGCUUUUAAAGAAUUCUCUGCGGUCACACGAGAUGAAAACUUCUCAAAGUGGUUAAGCUCUUUCAAUUCUCUGCUGGUCGUUUACCAGCAUCGACUUGCUUACGAGCUAUUACUUAGUUUAGAUUCGACGACUAGUGAAUAUCAAAAAGAUGCUUUACUAAAAGUUUCUGAAGAAUUGAUUUAUAGCGUUACUUAUUGGUACUCAGCUAGCAACGCUUCCCCGGAGGAUUUUAAAACUUUGGAAAAUCUUAAAAAUAAGAUUGCAAUCUCUUAUGAUAUAUACUACCAAGAAAAUGGAGAAAAGUCGAUUGAACUCGGAUGCGAACUGUUUUCUUUAUAUUAUGAGUUCGUUGAAUAUUAUAAAAAAGGCUCUUCCUCAAGUAACUCUUCGCUCUCUUCACAAAGUGUUAUGUUUACUGCGUCUGAAGAACUCGAUAAAACUGAAGCGUCUCGUAAAAUUGGUUUUGAUUCUCCUUAUAAAAAGUUCUCUUUUCAAAAGAAGUUAAACGGCUAUUUAGCUAAUUUAAAAGCUGACGAUUGCAGGGGUUUAGGUUCGGAAUCCGCUCUUUCUUCCCAAAAACUGAAAAAGAAACAUCGGAGAACGCAAAGCUCUCAAAGCUUCUUAUUUUCUGAAAAAUACUCGGAUUCUGUGGAAGAUAAAUCUGAGGCGACCACCAAGCUUCCUAAAACUGCACUACUUUUAUUUGAGCCAAUUGAUGUAGCAGUCUUCUGUUGUAUAAAAGAUUCAGAGUUACUUAGAAAAAUAAAGCCAGCUGAGUUCACGAAUUGUGCGUGGUCCAAGCCAACCAAAGACCUCCAUGCCAAAAAUAUUGUGAACAUGAUUAGUUCCUUGAAUGAGCAAGCCAAUAUUGUCGCAACGGAGGUCCUUUCCAACGGGACAGCCGGGGGAAGAGCUAAAGUCAUCGAGUAUUAUAUAAAGGUGGCUAAAGAACUCCUUACUUUGCAAAACUUUAACUCUCUCAAAGGGAUUCUCUCUGGCCUGCAAGGCCAACCCGUUUACAGACUUAGAAAGUCAUGGAGCGCAGUGUCUCCCAAGAAAAAAAAACUAUUUAAAGAGCUUUCGCGGUUAAUGGACACCGAGCUUAACUACAAGGAAUAUCGGGAUGUUUUAAAAUCUUCUGAGCCGCCGUGCAUUCCUUAUUUGGGAGUCUACUUAACGGACUUUACUUUUAUCUAUCAUGCUUUUGACCAUCCAUCAGAGUUGAGGCUGGAAGAGUUAAUAAAUGAUUUUCAGCACUUUCAAGAGACGGCGGUCUACCCUUUGAUCUUCAAGAAAAGUGUAGAGUUUUACUACAAGAACUUUUCUCCCCACGACGAUAAUGAAAACUACCGCCUAUCGCUUCUCCUUGAACAAAAAUAUAACAGCAACACUAUUGGGAGAGUACCAGCUUCUACUAAAGACACCACAAAAAAUAGCGAGUCAAGCGUAGAUCUCUAUAAAGAGAAAGAAAAGUUGUGUGCGCAGCUGGUCCGCUUGGCAAGGCGCCAAAAAGCCAACGCUGCAGAUUGGAUGGAAAUGCCCCCGGAGGUGGUCUCGGAUGCUUGGACCUUGGCGGGAAAACUUUAUUACUUGCAACAGCAAAUUGUUAAAUCACGCACGUUAAAGCUUUCAGUAAACGCCGAAUAAUAGACCCGUAGAAAUUGACCAAAAAAAUACCACCUUCUCAUAUUUAAUAAGGA